AUGGGCCGAUUUGCCAAUAUCGACACCCGCGACCCCGCCGUCAAUGUCACCAACUGGUUGUUGAUCGUGAUUGCGGGCUUGAGCGUCCUGAUUCGGCUGGCCACUAAGCUGUGGAUCUUUCACCAGUUGACCAGCGACGACUAUCUGAUGAUUGCGGCUUUCACAUUCUACGUGACGCAGUCCGCAGCCAUCUCGACGGCAGUGGCGCACGGAUAUGGAGAUCAUUUCGCAACAGUCUCGAGCCAGAGUUUCGAUCAAAUCAUGAAGUAUGCCGCCUACAUCUUGUGCAUCGCAAGCCUCUGCUUCUCCAAGCUCUCGCUCUCCUCGUUCAUCCGCAACUUGACCCCGGUGCACAAGGAUCACUUUCAGGCCGCCGUCCUGCAGGGUCUCAUUGCUGUUCUAGGCGUCAUUGGUGUCUUUGGCUUUGCUUCUCAUUGGCGGCAUCCAGGCCACAUGGAAGAAGAAGAUGGUGUUUGCCAGUAUAUUUCUAUCGCGACUCAUGUUCGCUAUACCCUCAUCUUAUGUCUUUUGGAACGGAAAACUGAUUCCUGGCGCAGUGUGGUCAUCGCAACAAUCAUCGAAAUAGUCUACACCCGCGACGUCCGCCAUUCCACCGAUCCAACAUACGACUACUGUUCCCUCACCGUUGUCUCACAGGUCGUGCAGUGCGCGAGCAUCGUCACGGCAUGCUGGGGCCAGCUGAAGCCGUUCCUCAACCAGCUCAAGUCCAACGGCUUGCGGAUCCAAGGCGUGGAAUACCAAUACUCGAGUAUGAAGGGCCAGUCGUCGCGGUCCUAUGGACGGUCUGGGACACACCACAGCGGAGAGGAAUGCCAUGAGCUGGUUCCUACAGCGUCUCGGGGACAACAUCUGACCACUGUUUCGGCGGCUCCAGGGUGGGAUGCGCAUAGCCAGUCUAGUCAGACGGGGAUCAUUCGCGAGACGCGGACAUGGCUGGUGACGGGGGAUGAAGCGGAUUCACGGCAUUCGUCUUGA